GGUACGGAGUACGUGAUGUCGCUCGCCGCGGGCACCUGGAAGUACGAGAGCACCAAGGUCGCGCACUGCAUGGGCAAGCGACUCCGGGGCCUGAACGAGCUGGAGAUGGUGGAGGACUUCGCCGGCACUGGCCCCAAGCUCCUGGCAAAUUUGGUCAACACCAGACUGGUGUUCGCAAUGGAUCCGGAGACCAUGGAGUGCGCCGGCGUGUUCCACCUCGAGGAUACGGAGCCCAUCGCGGCAAACGAGAGGGGUGGGUACCACGUCGCCAACGGCAUCGCGUACAACAAGAAAUCGGGGACCUUCUUCGUCACUGGGAAGAAUUGGGAGUCCAUGUACGAGAUCGCAGUCUCGAAGGCCCCACCUCGGGUAGUCUCGCACGCUGGGGACCUGCUUGAGUCGCACCUGGCGCUGGCGGGUGAGUACAAGCCCCUCGACACGAAGAGCUACCUGCUGCAGCUGGCGCGCUGGCAGGAGAUCGGCGUCAUCACGCCCUACGGCGCGCAGGUCCGGGAGAUCUCCAGGCAGCUCCCCCCGCCCGUGAAAAACUUCAUCCAGGUGUCGACAGUGGACGCCUUCCAAGGCUGCGAGAAGCAGGUGAUCCUCCUGAGCCUCGUGCGCGCCAACGCGCGCGGGGACGUCGGGUUCGUGGCCGACUGGCGCCGACUGAACGUGGCGCUGACGAGGUCGAAGGUGCUGUGCGUGCUGGUGGGGCACCUGCCCACCUGGCUUGCCGCCGACAGCGGGCUUUUGCGCGACUGGCUGGGCUUCAACCCGGAGGCUGCGGCGAACGUCCUCGCCUUCAAGGCCGGCCGGUCGGUCAUGGGGGUUGGAACCAUCAAGGCGGAAAUCAAGAGAGUACGGCGCACCAGCAAACACAACGGAUUGCUCGAGGACUACGCAGAGAUCCCGUACAUGCAGCUCCAGAGGCCGCCGAUAGGUCCGAAGAUCAUCGGUAUCGAUGGAUUUGCGGCGCGGAUACCAGCCAUGGCACCUGCGCAUAUUCAGGAGGCAGACGCGGAGACCGAGAACCUUCACAACAUCAACGACGACGACAGCGCGAAGGUCUCCAAUUUACUCAUCAUGUCUGUCAGUGGCCGCUUUAUCACCGACACCUGCGAGGCAAUCAAACAGGCCGUCGACCAGACUGGGAACAUCAGAUGA